AUGGAGGGGACCUUCAUCACGACGGAGCUCCGCGGCGCGCUGGCCAAGGUGGCCGUGUUCCUGCUCGUCCAGGGUCUGGUGUACCUGAUCCUCAGCAACUCGUCGAACGUCUUCUCCAAAGAUAAGAGGCUCAGGUCCCUGAGCUUCCGGUCGAUGCGGUCCAUGAGCGUGAGGCGCGUGCUGGCGCCGUUCUCCGACGUCCCCGUCGGCACCGACGAACCCUCCUCGCCUUCGCUGCUGUCGUCGUGGUAG